GUUGGUGGUGGGGGUGAAACAGGGCUUCAAAAGGGAGCUGGGUACUGCAGAUACAAAAUAUUAGUUUGUGGGUGUGAAGGAUUGUAGCAGCUCUUUGGGUUGUGAGAAUGCUCAAAAUGGGUUGUGGGUAUUGCUGCAAGAAAAUCUCAGUUUGUGGGUGUUGAGGGUUAUUGAAGUUCUUUGAGUGGUGAAACUGCUUAAAAAGGGUGGUGGGUAUUGCUGCAAAGCAGGUUCAAGGCUUUGAGGUGGUGAGGAUUGUUGAAGUUUUUUGGGUGGUGAAAGUGCUUAAAGGGGAGGGUAUUGCAGAAUCGGCUUUUCAGUUCCAAUGUGUUAAGGUUUGUAGAAGGGUUUUUUGUGGUGAAGUGCUUAAAAGGAGAGAGGAGGGUGUUCCUCAUUGGAGUUUCUGGUUUCUGUGUUUGUGUCGGGCAGUUGAAGUUCUUUUGUGUGGUGAAAGUUGUUUUGAUUCUGAAGAAUGAGGCUCUCUUCAUCGGGUUUUGCUCAUCAAACAGAAGAAGGGGAAAAGAAAUGCUUGAAUUCGGAGCUAUGGCAUGCAUGUGCAGGCCCUCUUGUAUCUCUGCCUGCUGUUGGAAGUCGUGUGGUGUACUUCCCCCAGGGUCACAGUGAACAGGUUGCUGCCUCAACCAACAAGGAAGUAGAUGCUCAUAUCCCUAACUACCCUAGUUGCCCUCAACUUAUUUGUCAGCUUCAUAAUGUGACCAUGCAUGCAGAUGUUGAGACAGAUGAAGUAUAUGCUCAGAUGACCUUGCAACCAUUGAGUCCGCAAGAGCAAAAAGAAGUGUGCCUGCUACCAGCAGAAUUGGGUUCCCCCAGCAAACAGCCAACCAACUAUUUCUGCAAAACAUUGACUGCAAGUGACACUAGUACUCAUGGAGGAUUCUCUGUUCCUCGCCGGGCUGCUGAAAAAGUGUUUCCUCCUCUUGAUUACACCCAGCAGCCUCCUGCUCAAGAAUUGAUUGCAAGGGAUCUUCAUGGUAAUGAAUGGAAAUUCAGACAUAUAUUUCGUGGCCAGCCCAAGAGGCAUCUUCUUACAACAGGAUGGAGUGUGUUUGUAAGUGCAAAAAGACUUAUUGCCGGCGAUUCUGUCCUUUUUAUCUGGAACGAAAAGAAUCAAUUACUCCUGGGUAUUCGGCGAGCUAAUCGUCCACAAACCAUAAUGCCUUCAUCAGUUUUAUCAAGUGAUAGCAUGCAUAUUGGCCUUCUUGCUGCAGCUGCCCAUGCAGCUGCCACAAAUAGCCGCUUUACUAUAUUUUACAAUCCAAGGGCUAGUCCAUCAGAAUUCGUCAUACCUUUGGCAAAGUAUGCCAAAGCAGUCUAUCAUACCCGUGUUUCUGUUGGUAUGCGCUUCAGGAUGCUGUUUGAGACGGAAGAGUCGAGUGUCCGUCGGUACAUGGGCACAAUAACUGGCAUUAGUGAUUUAGAUCCUGUUCGCUGGCCAAACUCACAUUGGCGCUCUGUAAAGGUUGGUUGGGAUGAAUCCACUGCCGGGGAGAGGCAACCCAGAGUUUCCUUGUGGGAGAUUGAGCCUUUAACAACAUUCCCAAUGUAUCCAUCCCCUUUCCCACUUAGACUGAAGCGACCAUGGCCCUCUGCCCUACCUUCCUUCCACGCUCACAAAGAUGGUGAUAUGAGCAUAAAUUCUCCACUCAUGUGGCUCCGAGGAGACAUUGGAGAUCAGGGGAUUCAGUCUUUAAAUUUUCAGGGUUAUGGACUUACACCCUGGAUGCAACCAAGGCUUGAUGCAUCAAUGCUUGGUUUACAAUCUAACAUGCAACAAGCUAUAGCAGCUGCUUCGCUUCAGGAAUUGAGAGCACUGGAUCCUUCCAAACAUCCUGCUCAGUCCCUUUUGCAGUUCCAGCAACCACAAAAUGUUUCCAAUAGUCCUGCUUCUGUCUUCCGGGGGCAGAUGUUGCAGCAGACACAAUCUCAACAUGCUUUUCUUCAAAGCUUUCAAGAAAACCCACCCCAGGCUCAGGCUCAGGCUCAGGCUCAGGCCCAGCUUCUGCAACAACAGUUGCAGGGUCGGCAGGCGUUGAGUAAUCAACAGCAGCAACAACAGCUUCAACAGCAGCAGCAGCAACAACACCAUCAACAACAGCAGCAGCAACAACAACAUCAACAACAGCAGCCACAACUUCAACAACCCCAGCAGCUGCAUCGGCAGUUGUCUGAUCAGCAACAUAUCCCAAAGGUCAUAUCUGCUCUAUCUCAGCUUUCAUCACCCUCUCAAUCUCUGCCUCCUUCCUUACAGACUAUCCCUUCACCAAUACGGCAGCAGAUUUUUCCUGAUUCUGUUGGGAACCCAAUUACUACAUCAGAUGUUUCUACCAUGCAGAGUCUUUUAGGUUCAUUCUCCCAAGAUGGAACAUCCCAUCUACUUAACUUGCAUGGAUCAAAUCCUGUAAUUUCUUCUUCUGCCUUCUUUCCCAAGCAAGUUGCGGUUGAACCUCCGCUUCCCUCUGGAACUACUCAAUGUGUACUGCCCCAGGUGGAAGAGUUGGCAACACCGCCUUCAAAUGCCUCUGAACUCUCCACCUUGUUGCCACCUUUUCCUGGUAGAGAGUACUCUGUGUACCAAGGUGUUGCUGAUCCCCAAAACAAUCUUCUGUUUGGGGUUAAUAUAGACUCUUCAUCUCUUAUGCUGCAAAAUGGGAUGUCAAAUCUAAGAAGUAUUGGCAGUGAGAAUGAUUCAGUGUCUAUGCCAUUUUCUACGCCUAAUUUUGCAAAUGCUCCAGGCACUGAUUUUCCACUUAAUUCAGACAUGACAACUUCAAGUUGCAUAGAUGAAUCGGGUUUCUUGCAGUCUUCUGAAAAUUUGGAGCAAGUAAACCCACCAACCAGAACCUUUGUUAAGGUUCACAAGUUAGGGUCCUUUGGGAGGUCACUGGAUAUCACCAAAUUCAGCAGCUAUGAUGAGCUGCGUGGUGAGCUUGGCCGAAUGUUUGGCCUUGAAGGCCGGUUGGAGGACCCUCUGAGAUCAGGCUGGCAGCUUGUAUUUGUUGACCGAGAGAAUGAUGUUCUUCUCCUUGGCGAUGACCCUUGGCAGGAGUUUGUCAAUAAUGUGUGGUAUAUCAAGAUACUAUCUCCGCUUGAAGUCCAGCAGAUGGGCAAAGAAGGCAUCAAUGUCCCGAAUCCCAUCCCAAGCCACAGGAUUUCCAAUAGUGGCAACAGCUGUGAUGACUACUGAUGCUGCAGGACUGUUAAAAAAAACCAAGUGAAGAAGUGCAACCCCUCAUCAUCCCAUCUGUGUAGGCUGUUGACAAACAUUUUGGAAUUUGGAAGGGAAAAGCAAAAAUGGCAGCUGAUGAGUUUUUACCACAAUCUCUCUUGUUUGUAUCACCCAAGACGUUAUAUCCACCCCUUGGUUGGGGGUGGGAUAAGAGUGUGUGGGUAAGUGGUAAGCUUACCUUUAAAUCUUGUAUGUCAGCUUGUUACUGUAAAUUAUAAUGUGAUAAUCUUGUCUUAAAAACAUUAUAUUAAAUACAUACAUGGGAACAAUGUGUAUCAGUUAGGACAACCGAAAUGAUUAUGAUUAUGAUAGUUUUUAGUUUGAUC